AUGGAGCGGCAGAGCUCGCUGAACGCGCACCUCCCGGGGGACCUCCCUGGAGACGACUUCGCCGGGCACGUCGCGUCGAUCGUGCAGAGCCCGAGCAGGGAGCCCCUCCCGGGCCUCGACCCGGUGACCGGCCGACGAACCUCGGACGAUAACAUGAACACCGCGUUCGACGACCUGCUCGCGGGGAUCCCCGAGGGCGGCGGCGGCGAAGGAGGAGGAGGAGGAGGAGGCGGCGGCGUGAUGCGCGGGCAGAGCGCGCUGGACCGGAUGCCGUCCAUCCCCGCGGACGCGGGGCGGUUCUUCGACGAGAAAGACCUCAUGCAGCUAGACGGCAUGCUCGAUUUCGACGUGGACGCGGACGCUGCCGCUGGAGGGUUCUCGCACGGCGCCGGCGGAGGGAACGGGGGCGGGAACGCGCCGUCGUAUCACACCGGCGGCACGAGCGGCGGAAAUGGCGGCGGGUACACCAGCGGCGCGACGAGCGAAGGAUCGCCCUCGCACGGCGGCGGCGGGUCGAGCGGGGGCCACGGCGGGGGGCACGGCGGCGGGUCGGAGGACUACGGCGACCUCGCGCACGGGCUGGACCCGAAAGAUCCCAAGUACAAGCGGCGGAUACAAAAUCGCCUCGCGAGCGCGCGGUUCCGCGCCAAGGCGAAAGAACGCCAGACGGAGCUGGACCGCCUGAAGCACCAGGUGACGCAGCUUCGAAGGGAAAAGUUUGACCUCGAGUCGCAGUGCGGAGCGGCAGAGGACGUCCACCAUGGCGUGGAUCGUGGACCACUUUUGGCUGAGACGGAAAGUGCACUUCAAGACGCUCGCGAACUCGGUGCGGUGGAUGGUGAAAGGGAACUACAAGCCCGGGAUGACGGAGACGGUGUUGCGGGCGAAGGAAGCCGCGGACGCGCGGAGGAGGGAGGCGGGGGAGAGCGGUCCGUGCGCGCCCGAGGACGCCGCGGACGCGUCCAACGCGCGACCGAGCUCGAGCCCGGCGGGAGGGUGGCGAGACGCCGCCGCCGCCGCGAGCGGCGACGGCGACGGCGACGGGAUGGACGUCGGUCGCGAGGGCGAGCCGCCGGAGUCGCCGAGGAGUUAUCUGGGCGGGGUGUUAGAUAA